UUUCUUUUUUUUUUUUGUUUGAAAUCCGACCUUUUUUUUUUCUCUUCUUUUUUCCCUUUUUCUUUUUUUCUUUAUCUUUAUCCUUUUAGUUGUUAUGAUUUUAUAAAAAUGUUACAUUACGCAAAUUAUGAUUAUCCCUACUACGUUACAUAUAACCCACCAGCUCAAUAUCUCCAACAACAAUCUCCUCUAGUUUAUUCUAGAGGUUAUUCUCAACCACAAACUUAUGAUCUACCACUUGACUCUGGUCAACAUCAUAUACAACCACCAAGGGUAAACUAUCGUCAGUCUUAUCAUCAAUAUCAUUCUCAACCUCAUCAUCACUUUUCUCAUUCACAUCAAGAUCUAAGAAUGUUUCAGGAUUAUCAUCAACAACCACGCAACAGACAAAGAAGAUCAUCGACUGGAUCAAAUUGGCCUUCAACAUAUUCUUCUUCUUCUUUGAAUAACCCUGAAUUUCACUAUGAAAACAAUGAUAAUAAUAAUAAUAAUGAUGAUGAUGGUGAAUCUUUGAAUAGUAUGGAAAUAUUAGCAAUGGAAAAUGCAAAAAAGAAUGAACGACCUGCACCAGUUUCACCUGAUCCUUCUUUUGAUGCUGACAACCUCUCCAUACCUAUAUCUGCAUUACCCGAGGAAAACAAAUUGAAAUCAAAAAAGAAGAAAUGUCCUUACCAUGACAACAAGAAAAAUGAACCAUCAUCUUCAUCAACAGUACCAUCAUCUACAUCACCAACAAUGCCAUCACCUGAAACAUCAUCCAAUGUAUCUGUUAGUACUGUAGUUUCAGCAUCCGACCAGGAAGAAAUCAAAGAACCAACAAAGAAACCACGAUGGAAAUUUACAAAGCUUUUUCGAAGAUCAUCAACGGGUUCUAGUACUUCAAAAGUAUCUUCCAACUUUUUGUUUACACCAUCACCAUCCAACUCUCAAGAAUCAUCCAACACUUCGGACUCAUUACGAAAGCAACAACCUUCUAUUGUGACUUAUCGAUCAGCAUUAAAAACAGCAGUAGCAGAAGAAGAAGCUAAAUUACAACAACAACAACAUCAAGAAUCUCGAUUGAAAGAUUUGGAAAAGACAUCAAAAUUGGAUUUUAUUUGGGUAUUCAAAGCACCACCAGCAGCUUCUCAACUUUUAUCUUAUGAAAAAAAAGCAAACGUAUGGACUGGAUUUGAUUAUAAAAAUCAAGAACUUAUUACUAACUAUGCUGUAGCCAUGAUGAACGAUCAAGUCGCAAAGGAUCCUGGACUUGAAUUGGUGGAUUCUCAUAUUCGUAAAGGCAGUCUUCCUUUCCUAUUGGUUUUACAUCAACAAUUGGUUUAUUAUCCUACCUCUAACAACAAAAUUGACAAAAUUGAAAUCAAUUGCUUACCCAACAACAAGGAAACCAUUUUACUUCGAAAGAAAAACUAGUUUGACAACAUUUUCUUUUUUUUUUUUUUAUUUUUAGUUUUAGUUCAUAGUUUAUUUUUUUUUUUUAUUUUUACCUCAUUCUUCUGCAUGAAUCAUUUCGCAUCCCGCUCUACUUUUGUUCCUUUUAUUUUGAUAUUCAAUAUAAAAAUAAAUAUCAUUUUUUCUUUUAAAAUAAAAAAGACUUUAUUUCUCAACUUUA